UAAUGCUCCUCUAAUUACAGUGAGUUGCAGGGUUACUUCCUCCUAGAGUUUACCGUAGCGUAGCUCCAUACCAAUAUCGAGUAACGACACCAAAGCUUAUGGAACGUCGGAGAAGUUACAAAAGACUACAACUUUGUAUGACUUUGGAUUAUGAACGUUCGUUGAAUUGUAACAUUGCAGAUUAUCGAAGUCAAAGAAGGGCAAUGUCGGCUGAAACCGGAGUCUUGCUUUUGAAGGCAUGAAAACAAAUAGGCUAUUAUUGUCGCUGAUUUUUUCGGGAGAUGGCAGAGUAGGCUAGCUUGCUUGUGCUGUAUGCACAUAAAGCUACGUCUGUGCGUUCUCAAAGCACUUUAUACGUGUAGCCUAUGCAAGGUCUACAAUGUUAAAUGGCGACAUGUUUCUGCUGGUCUUCAUAGUUCUGGUUUUACCCUCUUCCACUGUGCAAGAUUAUGGCCUCUCCGGUGACUACGAGUGCCUGUGUGACGUGCCGCCGUGCGGGGCUGGAGACCGGUGUUUUGGCCAGCAGUGCUACUCCACCCUCUCAGUCCAGAACAACAUGUCUGUCCAGCAGAAGGGAUGCAUUGUGGGCGGUGGCGAGGAAUCUAUAAGUUGCGGAAGCCCCCAAUCCCCUAACCUGAUGGUGGAAUGCUGCCACGGCGACCUUUGUAACAUGAAUGUGACAUUAGCCGAGAUGGGUGAGGAAGGGGAACGUGCCUCGCGCGUCAACGAGUGCGUGUGCGAGGGUCCGCCAUGCGAGGGCGCGCAGCGCUGCACGGGCCAGCGGUGUUUCUCCUCCAUGACUGUGGCUGAGAACGGGGCGGCGGUUGGCCAGAAGGGCUGCCUUCAGGACGACGACCAGGGGCAGGCUGCCUGCUCCGCCCCUCCCUCCUCCAGCCACAUAGUCCAGUGUUGCCAAGGGCACCUGUGUAACAUGAACGUCAGCAUGGACGCCCCAGCGAAAGAGGAGAAAGCGAAGUUUGCCGGUGAGCACGAGUGUGUGUGUGAGGGUCGGUCUUGUGCCAGCGGGCAGCGCUGCAUGGGGCAGCACUGCUUCUCCAGUCUGACGGUCAGCGACGGGGCCCUGGUCUACCAGAAGGGCUGCUUCAAGGUGUACGAGCAGAGCAGGUUGACCUGCAAGACGCCGCCCACCCGGGACCAGAUCGUGGAGUGCUGCCAAGGCCAUCUGUGUAACAUGAACAUCACAGUGGAGCUGCCCGUCAUGGCAGGCGAUAUGCCCAACUACAGCGUCACCACCCUGGCCAUUGUCAUUGUGGCUCCGGUCAUCGUGCUCAUCGUCCUCUCGGGUGUUGCCAUCCUGGUGUUCAGACGGAUCCAUCAGAACCACAUGGAGAGGCUGACGGCCCGGGAAGCUGAAUACGGCACCAUUGAUGGACUCAUUGCUUCCAACGUGGGGGAAAGCACACUGGCAGACUUGCUGGAUCAUUCUUGUACAUCGGGAAGUGGCUCCGGACUCCCCUUCCUUGUUCAGAGGACUGUAGCCCGACAAAUCACAUUGAACGAGUGUGUGGGGAAAGGCCGGUAUGGGGAGGUGUGGCGUGGCCAGUGGCAGGGAGAGAGUGUGGCUGUGAAGAUCUUCUCUUCCAGGGAUGAAAAGUCCUGGUUCAGAGAGACUGAGAUCUACAACACCGUGCUGCUGAGACACGAGAACAUCCUGGGCUUCAUCGCCUCUGACAUGACUUCCCGGAAUUCAAGCACACAGCUGUGGCUCAUCACCCACUUCCAUGAGAUGGGCUCCCUGUACGACUACCUGCAGCUGAGUACCCUGGACACCGCGGGCUGUCUCCGCAUGGCCUUAUCCAUUGCCAGUGGCCUGGCACAUCUCCACGUGGAGAUCUUUGGCACACAGGGCAAGCCGGCCAUCGCCCACAGAGACCUAAAGAGCAAAAACAUUCUGGUCAACAAGAAUGGCCAGUGCUGCAUUGCUGAUCUGGGUCUUGCUGUGAUGCAUUUUCAGGACACAAAUGAGUUAGACGUGGGCAACAACCCUAAGGUAGGCACCAAGCGCUACAUGGCCCCAGAGGUCCUGGACGACUCCAUCCAGAUGGACUGUUUUGAGUCAUUCAAGCGAGUGGAUAUCUGGGCCUUUGGCCUGGUCCUGUGGGAGAUUGCCAGGAGGACGGUCAGCAACGGAAUUGUAGAGGACUACAAGCCUCCCUUCCAUGAUGUGGUGCCCAGUGACCCCAGCUUCGAGGACAUGAAGAAGGUGGUCUGUGUGGACCAGCAGAGACCCAACAUCCCCAACCGUUGGUUCUCCGACCCAACAUUAACGUCCAUCGCAAAACUUAUGAAGGAGUGCUGGUACCAGAAUCCAUCAGCCAGAUUAACGGCACUACGCAUCAAAAAGACUCUGACAAAAAUCGACAACUCCCUGGACAAAUUGAAAGCAGACUGUUGAGCUUCUUACUCGUUGGUGCUGAGGAAGAGGAGACCUAAAGGCCUUUAAAGACUUCCAGCAGACACCCAGUAAUAAAGGGACUGGUUGGACUCAGUGCUCUUAUAGUGGCACAUUGUAUUUAUUUUAAACAAGGGUGGGACACAUUUUGGCAUCCAAAGAUGGCUUACAGGGCAUUCAAAAGAAUGCCAAUGGUUUUGAAUAUUAGGUGACUAUCCCUUUCAAGACAUAGGAAUAUUUAACUAAUAGUCACCUUCUUCAAGGAAGAAACUGUUACCUGGGCAUUUGAAUUCUGUAUAUCGCUUUAGAGUUACCGAUUUCUUUGGGUUGAGAUAUGUCUGAACAUACAAUAUUGGCUGUCCUUUAUCGCUUAUUGCACUAGCAGUGUUUGCAUUCCUCACUUGCACUGUUGUGAAUGCAUUUGGAAGAAAAAAAAUCUUGCCAAAAAUGUUUUGUUCUAUAAUCCACACAAAUUCCAUAUCUUCCUCACUGUUUUUCAGUUAUCAGAAUGUGGAAAAAAUUUAAGUUUGACUUUCACUGCAUCUCUCACCUACAAUAAUGUUAGAACAGUUCUUUCAGUAUUUCAUCCAAACUGUAAUUUAUUUAGCUAACUUACUGAAUUGUAGAAUUGUACUGCUGACAGUUAUAGACACUAUUUUCUUCUGAGAUGUUGUCUAACGUAUCCAGUCGCAGAAACUUUGUAUAUCAUCAUACAUUUUACAUUAUGUACCUGUUUGUUUCAUCAGCUUAAUUGAGACAUGCUGAAAGAGCAAAUAAAAUAUUUCAUAGAGGAC